GCUCCUAAAGCGUCAGUCUCCUUCAAUCGUGGUGAAGGCAAAUCAGGCUCACAAAAUUUAAAUCUUCUCCUCCUAAAAUAAACACCCGUGGCUAGAAUAUAUUUAAGAAAUAUUCAACAGAUUUUAUUUUCAACACUUCAUUCGGGUUCUGUCCACCAGAAACAACUCUCCUCAUGGAAAUGGCAAACUUUUCUGAUGGCAAAAAAUACUCUGGAGCGUUUGAACAGCAGCGAUGCUCAGUCUCUUUAACAAGAGGAAUAGAAGGACAUCUCAAAUAUCUGAUAGCGUUUAAUAUUUUUCUUUCCCUCAUUGCAUUUCUUGGAAAUACUGUCGUGCUGGUGGCUCUUCGAAAGGAAACUUCUCUUCAUCCGCCCUCGAAGCUUUUGUUUCGUUGUUUGGCAGCAACUGAUCUCUGUGUUGGUCUGAUUACAGAACCCAUGAAUGUCAACUAUUGGGUUUCCCUGUUAAAGGAGGACUGGAACACUUGUCUCUAUGCAUAUAAGGCAUGUUUCAUAACAAGUUACAUUUUGUCUUCCAUAUCUUUGUUAACAAUAACGGCAAUAAGCGUGGACAGACUUCUCGCUCUGUUACUGGGGCUGAGAUAUAAACCCAUAGUAACUUUAAAGCGAACAUAUGUGGCUGUGAUUACCUUUUGGUUUAUUUCCACUACCGCUGCCACACUUUAUCUCUUAAACCAUCUUAUCACCUUUCUUUAUGGCUACAUAUUCAUUUCUUUCUGUAGUUUCAUUUCAAUUUGUUCCUACACAAAGAUUUUCCUUACAUUACGCCGCCAUAGAAUUCGCGCACAAGAAACUGUCUCUGAUGCAAUACUGAGUCAGGAAAUGAACCUGGCGCGAUACAGAAAGGCAGUGUACAGUGCACUGUGGGUGCAAAUGGCUUUAGUGGCUUGCUAUAUUCCCUAUGGCAUUGUGGGUGAUCUCUUUAGUCAUAGUAAACUCACGCCAUCGAAGUUUUUCUUUUUAGAGGUAACAAUAUCCUCAGUGUACUUAAACUCAUCGUUAAAUCCAUUUCUUUACUGCUGGAAGAUUAGCGAAGUGAGGAAUGCUGUAAAGAAGACCAUCAGGCAGGCACUUUGUCAUUUAUUCAAUUAACAAGCGCACUUUUUCACUAAAAGAGCACUGAGUAUAUACUCAAAUAUCAUCAUAGAAGCAAUGAGAACGCAAUUCUUAAUGGAAAUAAUCAGUAAUAAUACCGAUGGGUUAUCACAACUGAGAACACUGAACUGAGAAGUUAGUUCCACACUCCAAGCAAAUAUUCAACAUGUCUAGCUACUAACAAGUACCAAAAACGCAGGAAGUAUUUCGAUGACGAAACGUAUAACAUCCUCUCAGUGCAGAACGCCAUAAGCAGUACAUUACCCACAAAUAGCUAUACGAAUCAAUCUUGUUAAUCUGUGACUGAUAAAAAAAGUUAAAGCUGUAGUCCGUAUUCAAAAUGUUUUCAAGUUUCGCUUUGACCCAAAUAAACACACCUUGAUGGCAACCAGGUUUAAAAGAUUACGCGGAACCCGUGCCAAGUUCAACCAUGGCGCGACUGCGUCAAGCCACACGAAGUUUAGUGAUUAUUUAACUCUUGCUCGCCUUCAGUAGUUGCCAACCAGGACCUACUUAAUUGGACAAAAUGUGAUGUGAUAACUCAGCUUCACACUA